AGGAACAAUUUGCAUGUUAUGAAGCUGGAGUAAUACAAAACACAAACAGUGAAAACAAGCGCCUAUCUACACAUUUAUUUACUAAUUUUCACAUGAGCUCUGUUGAAGUUUUAGCUAAAUUUAGCCCCCUUUACUUCGUGAGGCCUCCAUUUGUCACAUGAUAACUGGGAUUAUUUCCUGGUACAGGGAGUUAGGACAGUCAUCCACGUUGACGUUAAGGUGGUUAGUGGCUAUUGGGCAGAAAAUAAGCAGCUGCGCUGCGGCUUACAUGUCAUCAGCAUGACAGCUUUUUGUUGUCCUCAAGUUUUUGAGCUGCUUCAGUGAUUUUCCUCCCUAUCUCUGCGGCCCUGCCUUCCUCCUUCCUUUUCUCCUUGACCUUGGCAGUGAUUGUAGCACAGAAACGCACACGCUGUGCCUUGUCCUCUGCUGGUUAGCGACAGGCCACAUGACUGCAUGUAGAGCGAGCGUCAGCUGACCGACUUCUAGGCAAAAGGGGAAGCGUCUUUCAUCAGAAUGAAGGAAGGGGGAAAAAAUAAAUGAGAUCUCAUUGUCUUGUAUUUGUGUGUGUUUGUGUGUGUGUGUGUGUGUGGCAGGAUGGCAGAGAGGUCUCGCUUUUGUGCUGAGUCAUUUUGCUAAUCAGAGGAGCAACUCUGGAAUUGGCUGACAGGAGUUGUGGGAUUUCACGUUGUCGGUUUUGCUGAGAAAGUGCUAAAAAGGAGCAGGGCGGAAGAUUUUCUGUCAGUUCAAAGUUUUACUAAGUAUGAUUGCUGUAAGUGAUGUGUUUGAACAUUUUGUUCUGGUAAUCUAGCAGAAGCUUUUCUGCAUCCUGUUCCCCCCUCCUCUGUCAUACUAACCCACAGUUUUAGUCACCGACGAAUUAUUUCCAACAUAUUUUAUGUGUGUCGCAUGUGAAGCAGAUCAGAAGGCUGUUCGAAUGGCGUCACGAUGAGACCCAGAACCUCCGAUGCUCACGUAUACGACAUCACUGAGUUGAAUGCAUGUUGGAUCAUUUUUGUCUUGGAAGAAAUUUUUUGACGUUUUGUCCAGCUGUGGCCUUCUAGCUGAUCUCACAUGCCUUGCAGGCCUAACACAGACUUUUCAUUUAAUUUCUGUUUAUGUUUUCAGUAACUAUAACGUUUACAGACAAUAUAGAGCAGUCACCCCCCCGCCUGUCGCAUUGUUUCAGUUACUGUCUCGUUAUUUUGGGUUGAAGGUUACUUAUCUAAUGAUGGUGCUGUGUUUGACUAGCCCUGCCUUAAAUUAAAUAGCUAAUGUGUCGUGAUGUGGACUAAUUUAGAUUUCUUUGAACACAGAUCGCAUAUUUUCAGAUAGAGUCAUGAGAGUGUCAGUGUUCCUGAGUUUUUGUUUCAUUCUGCAAUCCACACAGGCCUGAAUUUCUGGAUUUUUCUCUGUCAAGUUUUUAGCAGGGUCAGAUUUUCAGGACAAGGCUUUGGAAAAUAUUAAAGUAGUCGAGUGAUCUGUAUGUUUCACAAAUUACAAACAAGAGAAGGACAAUUCAGGAGUGUUGAGGGAAUAUUUCACAGUUGUUUGUUCAUCUAAACUAAUUUAGAUUAGUUGAUUUAAAAAUCUAUAGCAGAUGUCAAAUCAAAACCUAAUUAUCCAAAAGACUCUCUAAAUCCAGAUGGGCAAAGUGCUAAAUGUAGUCACAGAAGAAAAAGAAAAAAAAAAAAAUCAAAGAUCAAACACAUUAUCGUACUUAAGUAUCAAAUCUAUAGUAAAACAUUUGGAUAUUUUUUUAAAUUAAGAUUUACUUGUAGAAAACUAAAACACUUUUUCCAGUCCAGACUUUGCACACAUCAACAGGAAAUUCCAUAUUUUCUGAGAUGUCAUAUGACCUGAUGUGUUUGCUUUGCAGCUGGAACAUGUUUUCUAUUGCUGUCAGUUGAUAAUUAGUGUCCCCAUUCUUGCUGCUGACAAUAGGGAGAUACUUUACAUGCUUUAUGAGGGAGUGCACUCUAAUUUACCCCAUACCAGAAUUUAGACAAUUCUCUUGCUUCUGAUUGGUUUGGAGGUGGCUGGAGGCGGGAUCAUGUUCCCUUCAUGCAAGAGCUGGCAUUUAAAAUAAUUUUCUAUAAUCAUGGGAGAGUCAGCAGUAAGGAAAUGUGGUUGUGUGACUGUAACAAAUGUUAGGGUCAGCCUGCCCAAACAGGAGUCGGCACAACAAUCACUACGUUGAAUUAAUUAUCUUUUGAUUUAUGUGAAAUGUUUAAUUGUCUGCAUAAUUCAUCAGAAUUCUCAACAAUCAAGACAGAUAAACAGUUGCAUGAGUACCUGGAUAUGAAGUAGUUUGGUUAUACAAAGUGGAAGGAAGCGGAGAACGGAAGAAAUAUUGUGUAUGUAAAUAAUCAUUUAAUUUUAGUUGUGUUCUGCCAAUUCACAUCACAGUUAAAGUGCUUCUCGCUGGAACAACUUCUUCAUUCGUAUUCUUGCUGGCCACUGAGAUUUUGACACUGAAUUGACUCAGUCUUUUACAGAGCAGUUGACGUUUCUAUUUUAUGCUAAAUAUGCAUUUAAAACAGUCUCUGGGACCAAUGGCGUAUUCUGAUCCAAAGCAUUUGUAACCACACGAAGUCCAUCCGAGCUGUGUUUCACAAGCAUACAGAAACCGUGCUGCUAUUAAAGAAUAUUGUCCUGUUUUUGUGAUCCGUGAGGAGUUUUGAUGAUAAACAAGAGGCUGCCACCAGCGUCGGCCUCGGCUCUGUUUGUGUACAUCUUUUCAUGGUUCAUAGGAGACCUGCAGGGCCAGUUUCUCUACGUCUCUGUUAACAUUGAGAUUGAUGGCUUUAUAUCCGUCCCAACGUUAUGUUGAAAUCAGCAUUUUCCUGAUUUACGUCACUCAAAGGCACCAUUUCUGAAUGCUUUACGUUUUUACCAAAUCUCUCGCUUUUCUAAUUCUCUUACUUUGAAACUGGAAUCUUUUCUUUAGAUCAGAAACUCUAAAUCCAAGUCGAUGUCUAGAACAGCUUCUAUUCUGCAACUUUUAGGUGCAUCCCGUCUCCAACACACCUGGAUUAAAAGGCAUACUUGCCUCAUCAGUGUGUCAUUCAGCUAUGCAGACGGCUGGUAACGAGUUGCAGGGCAGCAGCUCACCAGGAUUAGACCUGGGCAUGGCGAUCUGGAACCUAAAGCCUUGUGAUUCUGACUAGUUUUCUGCUGGCACACUGACAGCCAAAGUAUUUAUUCAUAAAAUCAAAACUGCCCUAACGCGCACAUUUGCUCAAAUAUCAGCCCGGGCUUUAUAAAAAGAUUUUGUAACCAAGCCAUGUUUUACUUUAUCGUACCAGGAUUUACAAUAAGAGUUAGCACUUUUAUUACAUGCCAGUCAAGGGUAAGGUCCAACACCCAUUAAGUGACGGCUGAAAAAAAUGAUAACGCUUUACACAGUUUGCAAACAUUUAGACUGCUGAAGGAAAUGCAAUAAAAUUUACACUGAUAGCAUAGCAAUUCUUUAUACUUAGAAUAUUUACUCACUGCUCUGCCCACCUUUAGACCUUUCAAACGUUGACCACUGGGAUAGGCUACAGUCAGAUUUUUGAGAAAAAAAAAAAAGGAAAUAAAAAUUAUUUGCAGAUUGUUAAGUAGAAAUAUAAACAAGAAAGAAAGAUAAUAUAAACACAAAAGUUCAUCUCUUGAAGUAAAUGUUACAUGUUGCCUUCCACUAAUCACGUUUUCCAGCAUAGAUGUUAAUGCAAAAAUUAAUGUAAUUAGGCUGAACCUGAAACCAUGUAGAGAAACUGUGGUACAUUCAUUUGACUAAUUUGGUUUCCAGCUCAUUUUACACCAAAAAUGAGUAAAAUGUCUUUAUUUAAUAAAAUGGUAAAGUAGUGAAACGGUGUUCUACACUGCGGGGUAGAUUUUAGUCAUUUUAUAACUUGUUAGAGGCCGGAUUAUUUAUACACUGAAAGCAUGAAGCUAAUUGAGAGUGCCUUUUUAGAACAGUUUUAGGCUACACCAAUCUACUUAGAUUUCUUCAACUUGGAAUGCUUUUUGCUGUUUUAAUCCUGUAUAUUUUCGUGUUUUUUUUUUGCUCAGGACAAACAAACACCAAUGACUGAAGAUGAUAUGUAGGUCUAAACAGAAAAGUAAAAAAAUCCAUCUUGUUUUAUAUAGUGCAGACCAUAAAGUCGCCUUGACGCUUGUAUCCUUCGCAGCCAACCUGUAACGUAGGUUUAUGAUUCUGAGUGGCCUUCAAUUCAGGCACCUCAGGCCGUGCAGUAGAGAGAUUUCAUCAUUUAAAACUUUGAACGGAUUUAUCUACACAGUUUAUGGAAGUGCAUAGCAAAAACAGUGCUGAUCACUGAUUGCUUGUCCUUCAUUAACAGAGUUGUAGGUUAAUGCGUUACUAAGGAUCAGCAAACACACACACACACACACACACACACACACACACACACACACACACUUACGUUGAUAGAGUUGCACCCUGUCUGAUAGCUGUCCAGGCUCCCGUUCUCUUCGGGGUUGUUUGAGGUUAUAUACACUUCCACACAUUGUCAGUCCUUCCUAUUCUCUCUGACACUUGCUGUGUUUCUGGUCUGUAUAACUGCGAUGUGACAGCUUUGGUCUGGUUUGCGUUAUCCCUCUAUUUGCUGUAUUCCCCAGUAUGUGACCACCGAAAGGCCUUUCAGGUUUUAUUUAGCACAACAGGAUAAUUUGAACUGUCUAAUUACCAGAUUUAUCAAGGUGCACACUUAAAGUUGUUCUUCUUCUUAAUGCUUUGGACUUAGUUUUAUUCACACUUUUCACCCCCCAGCAGCACACUAAUGAACGAAUCCGCUAGCAAACAUGUCUUUUAAACCUUUAUAGCGCUGUGUGUCAAAACUGAUUUUUCUCAGUCAGUUUCAGGUGAUUCAGAAACAAUGAAAGCAUGCAUAUUCAGUUUUAAAGCUGGACUUUCAAAUGAAUUAAAAAAUGUACUUAAAACCCAACAACACUGAUAUUGGAGCUUCUGUUAAUUUUAGUGGUUAGGAAACUGAUUUGUAGUACAGCUCUGCCUAUUUGUUGUUCAGUAUUCGUAGAUUCACCUGUUUUCAGUGUAUUGUGAGUCCAAAUUAUUAGCAGAAACUGUGCCUUGUCACAAUAUUUCUCAUGGCACUUAUUUAUCUACAAUUUUUGAAAGACAAUGCAGCUUAGGAAUCCGACUUACCUCAGGGCAAUGCGACAUAAACAAUGAACGAAUAUGAAUAUGAGUGUAUGUUUGGUUUUUGUUAGGGUCAGAAACAGUUGAAACUGGAUCCCCCAGUGUAGAAUAGCAUAACAAUCAUUUUAUCCCCAGAAAAGUGCAUUGUUUUUAAGGAUGAAUACACACACAUAUAUGUGCAGACAUGCUCCUGUUGCUGAUGUUUGAACAGUUCAAAAGCUAAGCUAAUGCCAGUACGUUUAUUGUCUGUUUAAUUACGACUCAGUUCUGCUCACAUGUUUCAGUGCCGUUGCGCUUAAUCAUACGUGGAAAAGACUUGCAUCGCUUUGUCCUCCUGCUUCAUAAACUUAGCACAUUACUUUGAACGUUUCUGUCUUAAUAAGUUUCCUCCACAGGUGGAGCUUUCCUGAAGCACGAACAGAAACAGCUACGCUGUAAAACAAAAAUAGGACAAGCUAUUUACACCUUCUGUGGAGUAUUUUUCAUUACCUUAAUUUAAAACAUGGAGAUGGAUAUGUUAAAACUGCAACAUUUGCAAUGAAAUCAUAACCAUAUUUAUUUUAUUAUUAUGUUUUUUCUAACGUUCACAAGACAUUAUUAUGGUUCAUUAAAUGAAAUCUUUAAACAUAACUUUGACACAUGCUAAUUUGGUAUUAGCAUGUGUCCUGGCUAAUCAAAUUAAAAGAAAAAAAGAAACUUUAACAAAAACCGUUCACAUGUGGCGUUAAAGCUGCAUCAUGAGUGGUCAGAUCACAGUUACCUGGUUUACAUCCAAAUUAACAUGUAGCUACGUCAGAGUCUGGGCCGUCAGGCGAUCAAAUAACAAGACUGCCGAUACUUAUCAACACAGAUUCGUUUUACCGCUUGAACUACGUCAUUUCUUAGACAUCAACAUAGCUGAGAUACAUCUCUUAGUUCAGUGAAGCUAUUUCAUUGAGUCUAUGACAGUUUACCUGUCAGACAUAACAGACAAGAUAUGAGGAACAGCGGCCGUUACUCAUGAAGCAGCAUUGCCGUAAAACAGCUGACUGGUUGUUGUCGGAAAUUUCUUAGGUUCUGUAUUUGGUGUGACUGAACAUUCCUGAGGCUGCAAACUUUGCUUUACCAUCAACAAGGACUGGAAGUUACUGGGUAUCAGAUUGAGGCGACUCUACAACACACCAAGUAUGCUACGCUAUGUCGUGGCACAGUGAAAUCAGUAAGCUUGUGGUAGUUAUCCUAGUAGUUAAAUGUCAGAUUAGACAUAUUUAGAGUAGCAUUGUGGCUGAUUUUAGCUGCAAUGAGAAACAUUGUGAUUCUUCCUCUCCAUUUUCCUGAUUAUCACAAACCCGUCACACCCUGUGCCCUUUCAUCCUUUUACCUUCCCUUUUGUCCGAUUCCUUAUCAGGUGACCAAUAGGGAUACUGAAGGAGGGAGUGAAAGGUAGGGGUUACCUGUGCUGAGUGGCCCCACCUCUCCUCCUCUGGCCACUGAGAAGGGUAAACACAAAACCACCUUCGCUUACCUCUGCACUCUGCCUGUCAACACCACAGCUCGGUGAAUGGAUAGAGACAGAGAGAGUUUUUGACAAACGUGUGUGGAUUGCCAGUAGAAUAAAACACACAGGCUGUGUCUCCUUGGCCUACCCUUCAGUAUCUGCACCGGGAUAAAGGCCCAAAAUCUGAUUGGAUGGUUUUGUCAGAAUGACAGCGGAAGAUCCCGUUUCCUCAUCAAACAUGAGCAACAACUCUACUCCCUCCAAACCCUCCAAACCUUCAGGUGCCUCCUUCCAUCCACUCCAAGGACAGGUCACCCUCCCAGAGGGAGUUGCAGGAGCUCCCAAUGAGACCGCACUGUUGUCCCUGAUGGAGCGCACCGGCUACGGUAUGGUCCAAGAAAACGGCCAGCGUAAAUACGGCCCCCCCCCAGGCUGGAGUGGUCCAGCUCCCCCUAGAGGAUGUGAAAUCUUUGUUGGCAAGAUCCCACGAGACGUUUACGAGGACGAGUUGGUCCCGGUGUUUGAGACAGUAGGCCGCAUCUACGAGAUGCGUCUGAUGAUGGACUUUGAUGGGAAAAACCGGGGGUACGCAUUUGUUAUGUACACAGAAAAGCACGAGGCCAAGAGAGCAGUGCGGGAGCUCAAUAACUAUGAAGUGCGGCCUGGCCGGCUCCUGGGGGUCUGCUCCUCUGUGGACAACUGCCGUCUUUUCAUCGGUGGGAUUCCCAAAACCAAGAAGCGCGAGGAGAUCCUGGAGGAAGUCUCCAAAGUGACGGAAGGCGUAUUAGACGUGAUAGUGUACGCCAGUGCUGCUGACAAGAUGAAGAACCGUGGCUUUGCAUUUGUAGAGUAUGAAUCGCAUCGAGCAGCCGCCAUGGCUCGCAGGAAGUUGAUGCCGGGAAGAAUUCAGCUGUGGGGCCACCAGAUUGCAGUGGACUGGGCUGAGCCAGAGAUUGACGUAGAUGAAGACGUGAUGGAGACGGUAAAGAUACUCUACGUUAGGAAUCUAAUGAUGGAGACCAGCGAGGAGACAAUCAGAAAGAUUUUCAGCCAGUGGAACCCUGGAUGCGUGGAGCGUGUGAAGAAAAUCCGUGACUAUGCUUUCGUCCACUUUAUAUCCCGAGAUGACGCUGUGCUGGCCAUGGACCACCUCAAUGGCACAGAGAUCGAAGGGUCCUGCAUCGAAGUGACGCUUGCCAAGCCGGUAGAUAAAGAGCAGUACUCACGUCAGAAAGCCUCUAAAGGAGGCGCCGCUGCUACGCCAGAGCCUACCCAGCAGAACUACAUCUACCAGUGUGACCCCUACACGUUGGCUUACUAUGGUUACCCUUACAGCACGCUUAUUGGACCCAACAGGGAAUACUUUGUGAAAGGAUCCCCAAUGAUACAGAACAAUGCAGGUUCCGUGCGAGGCCGUGGUCGUGCAGCCUCGGGUAAUCGUACCCCUGGACCUCGAGGGUCUUACCUAGGGGGUUAUUCUGCCGGUCGCGGCAUCUACAGUCGCUACCAUGAGGGCAAGACCAAGCAGCCCGAAAAGCCCUAUGAACUGAUACCCAGUCUGGAGCUUCCUGCCUCCGUCAACCCAGUUGGCAUCAAACCAGGCACAAUGGCAUUGCCGGCUCUGGGUGCACAGUACCCAGUGUUCAGCGCUGCUCCUGCAGCCAAAGUGAUGGAGGAGGGCAAAGUGCACUCAGUGGAGCACCUCAUGAACCCUCUGACCAUGCAGCACCCUGAACACAGCGCUGCCACUGCUGCUGCUGCUGCCGCCGCCGCCACUGUCUUACCUGCAGUGUCCACACCUCCACCUUUCCAGGGCCGUCCAAUCACUCCCGUCUAUGCCAUGGCCCACAACAUCCAACGCAUCCCAACCGCUGCCAGCCUGUACGGAGCUGGGUACGUUCCCAUCGCUAACUAUGCUGCCAACACAGCCGCUCUGGCUGCCCUGCAGAAAAAUGCCGCCAUGGCAGCCACGGCAUAUGGAGGCUAUGCCGGCUACGCCGUGCCCCAGGCCUUCCCCACCGCGGCCUUCCCACUGCCCAUCCACGACGUCUACCAGUCGUACUGAAACGGGGGCUCAGAUCGAGUCGUCCAGUGACUGAAUCUCAACAGCAUCUGUCCACGCCACAAAAACAUCUCUUGAACUUGAUCUCUAAUGGGAUACGUAGCAAAUACUAAGACUGCAAGACUGGGACAAAAUUAUGGCCUGGUAUUUUCCAUUAGUCGCUGCCAUCCUCUCUUUAUUCCGGGGCUAGAAAGGGGAGCAGCUCUGUUAGACAGCGUCACUGUUUUAUUUUCUGAAUUUUGUAACACACUUCAAAUGCUUCCUCCUGCAACAGUAACCACAACUCCAAUAAUAUUCAUAUUGUCUCUCUUUCAUUGCACCAUCUUGUUGCUGUUGCAGCAGGGACAUUUACGGUACUUUUUGAAGUAUUUAUGAAGAAAAGACGCAUUAUUAAUGCUUUAUUCCUUUAGCUUUUUUUUUUUUUAUCUUGGUAUUCUUUUUUUUCUGGAACAGAUCUAUACACUGUGUAAUGUAUGAAAACAAAGAAAGCGAAGUAAAUGGAAAGAAGGAAAAGGUAACCAGGAACUACUGAUAAGAUGAUACCACUGUCUUUGGAUAUAUCCAUUUUUGUAGUUUUUUUUCCAUUAUUAUAUAGUAUUCUAGCCAGUUUUACAUGCUGUAGGUGAUGCUGUCCAUGCUGGUUGAAUGUGUAUUGCUUUUUAUGUGCCCAAUUGGUACUUUUUGGUGUAGUUUAUUUUGUGUGUUUCAGUUGUUUUAAAUGAAGGUUUUAGGUCUUUUUCUUUUUCGUUCCCUGAUUCUUUUGUCCCUGGUUAUGACCUUCUGAAACAUGUGUCUUAAUGUUGAUACACUAUAAAAACUGCUGGGUUUAAAACAACCUAAUUUCGGAGCAUACCAUUAACCAAUCUGCGGGUCAAAUGUAGCUCAACCCAAGCUUGCAUAUACAUUUGGAUUAAAUUGAAAGAGUUUUAGCUUUUACUUAGCUUAGCAUUAAUAAAAAAUAUCAAAUUUUAAUAAAUAAAAUAUAGAAAGAAAGGGAAAUAAUUAUGUACUGAAAGAUUGUUAGUGGCAAACAAUUCAUUUUGGAUAAAAGACAAAUCAUGCUCACUAUAUGACACUAUAAAAUUAUUUUUCCUUCCAGCAGAUCUUUUAUUAAACUCAAAAGUUAAAAAUAAUUGAAUAGAAACAUUUAAGAAAAUGGUAACUUUAAAAGAUAAUUGCAAAGAAACUUAAAGUAGAUGUGAAAACCUGUUUCUUCAGCCCACUUAUAUUAACUUAAAUUCUUUAGUUGAAACAUUAGCUAGUACUAGCAUGCGCUGACUACUUAGCAGGUACUAAGGUACUAGGCUAAUGUUAAUCUUGAGUGACUAAGCUUGUUCUUUAAUGCUAACACUAGUCAAUAACACAACCCACUGACAUAAACAUAACAACACAGCAUUAAUUUACCAUCUUAUCCGCUGGUAUUUCAUCCAGCAAUGGUUGGUUGUUUCGUAGUUCAAAAUGUCGCUCUGUAAACCGACAACCUGGGCCAUAAUUGUUGACUAAGUGAUUGGUUGAAAAUACAUAAACACUCUCCCAGCAGCACAAACCCAACAUUUGGGGUAAAAAACUAAAAAAAAAGCAACCUGCAGUUUUUGUGUGUGUACAUUUUAAAGAUGGGAAUCCGAAAGGCACAAAAAUGAAAAGCAAACUGGAAUACAUCAUGUGCCUUUAGAUGUUCCCCAUCAUUAGAAACUGUAUUAGUAGGGGACUAAGACUGAAUAGAUGUUUGUUUUCCUUCAGUUAAGUAUAUUUUAUUAAUGUUAUGAAAUGCUUGAGUCUUGAAAGGUGAACAAAUAUGUUUGUUUUUCUUUAAGAACUGGGUCCCUACACUGCUUGGCCCAUUUCCAUUUUUGCCAACCAAAUACUUAGUACACCCCAGUCGGAUGACUUCAGAGAGACUCUUUGCAUUUGGCUGCAGUGCCUUACAUCACCGUACAGUACGUGCCUUUAGAAACAAAACAGGGCUGUGAGGUUGACACCAGAAGGAACAGACUCCCAUCUGUGCAUGGCACCUGAGUCUUCUUCUAUUUGUAUUUCCAGUAAACUUUAUUUUUGUUAUUACUGUAUCAUAGUGAGAUGAGUGGGUUCGAGCCUCUGGAGUCAGAUGUCAGAAUGCCUCUGCAGUAUAACACUCCUGCCUCCCUCUUUAUUUCUCCAAAUCGCUCUAGAACCGAGGUGCACUUAAAACGUAUUUAUAACUGGCACGGAAACGCCACCUUGAAAUGAAGAGAUAUUUAAUACAGAGCAUGAACUCAUGAAUGGA